GCUGCACUUCUUAUUUGUUACAUGCAGUGAUGUAAGCAGGUUGAUUUGAGAGCAGAAAAUCUUGGCUGUGGCGGCUCCGGGAUACACCUUGAAUAUACACCCUCCGUACGUUGUAAAGCAUCAACAUCGUAUGAGGAUUCAAGAUCGCGACAUGUACGUUGUGUGUCGAAUUCCGCGUCAUCCAAUGUCAUCGCCGUCACUCCCGCGGACGUCGUUCGUUCUCAUCUCCCGACCUCGUCUUCCUGCCCCACGUCGACUUCCCGCCCCACCACACCACGACUAUGUUCCGUAAAAGCCCACCGCUCCGCGCCUUUCAACUCCCCAUCCGACCCCCUCCAACGAACGUUCGACCCCUCGCUCACCAUGUCCAAGCCCGCGCCUACCAAAAGAUCCCCUUCGGCCGCCGUCCGCAGUACUCGCGCUUCCAGGCAGCAUCCAACAUCUUCCACCGCUGGGCGGCGCGGCCAACCUUCUAUCGAGAUGUCGGUCUGAUCAGCGUCGGGACAGGCGGUUUCUACCUCUACAACGUGGAAACGGUGCCCGUCUCCGGACGUCGCCGCUUCAACAUCAUCACGCCAGGCAUGGAGGAAAGCAUGGGCGUCGCGACGGUCGACGAAGUCAAGCAGCAAUACGCCGGCCAGUUCCUCUCCGACCACGACCCGCGGGUACUGCAGGUGAAGAAGGUGUUGGAGAGAUUGCUGCCGUAUGCAGAGGGCACAGGACUGAAGGAUCUGAACUGGGAGGUGCAUGUCAUCGACAGCCCUGAGCAGAACGCGUUCGUAGCGCCAGGCGGGAAGGUCUUCGUAUUCACUGGUAUCCUCCCGCUCUGCGGCAACGAAGACGGGAUAGCAGCAGUCCUUGGCCACGAAAUCGCGCACGUCGUCGCCCAUCACAGCGCCGAACGCAUGUCCACCGCGCCCAUAAUCAUGCUCCUCGCCCUCUCCCUCUCCCUCUUCGACAUCUCCUUCUACUCCUCAAAAAUGCUGCUCGACCUCUUCCUCAGCAUGCCCGCGUCCCGCAAGCACGAAGCAGAAGCAGACUACAUCGGCCUGAUGAUGAUGGCGGAGGGCUGCUACCGGCCCGAAGCCGCCAUGGAGUUCUGGACCAGGAUGGAGAAGCUGGGACAACAGGGCCCGCCGCAGAUCCUGAGCACGCACCCUAGUAAUCAUAACCGCGAGGAGAAGAUUCGCGAGUGGUUGCCCAAGGCGCAUGAGAAGGCUGAGGCGUCCGAGUGUCAUGCUACGAGUCAGUAUG